AUGCUGGCCGGCCAGGCCAGGGGCGAAGCCGAGGCCCGGAAGGGGGCCCUGGCCCAGGUGUGCGGCGGCCGGGUUCGUCUGCACGGUGAGCGGCGCGAAGGCCUCCUUGCCCGGCAGCGCGCGCGCCUCCUCCGCGGCCUUGGACGUGGCCGCGCUCUCGCGGCCCGGGCUCCGGCGCUCCUCGGCGCCCAGGCCGCGGGUGCUGGACGAGAUGGUGGCCGGGCUGUGACGCGAGUCGGGCGAUGCCUUGUCAAGCCGCCCGCUGUCCCGGGGCCGCCCGCCGGGCUCGGCCGCGAAGAGGUGUGCCUUGUAGGUCUUUCUUUAAUUUUUUCCUAUUCCUUUUAA